GUUGGACGCGUCCGAGGAAGAAAUCAGCACAGGGUGAGGAGGGAGGCCUCAGCGAACUGUACCGGAGACUUCGGAAACCGCAAUGAGGGUGGCAAUGAGUUUGUGCUGCCAGAUUUCAUAAGGACCCUGACAAGAAGGGUAGAAUUGUUGCACAUUUAGAAAUCCAGACUCAGGCCUUACAGGGUAGGUCACAGAGAAGGAGAGAGAGAAAGAAAGCCAGAGGGAGCAGCCAGAAGUUGGAUGUCAACGGAACCCAGAAUAGAAGGGAGCAGCCAAGAGAGGCCAUCAUGUGUUUUGCCAUGUGACAGAAAAGCCAAGGACCAAGGAUGGCUGGUGGCAGCCAGCCCCAGAAUCCACAUUUUACUGGGAGAAAGCAUCACCUUGAUGACACCUUGAUUUUGGACUUCUCCUAACCUCAAAACCGUGAGCCAAAAAAUUCCCUGUUGUUUAAGCCAACCCAUUGCAUGAUAUUUGCUCUAGUAGUCAAGAAACUAAAACAAAGAGUUCCUCAAAAGAGGGAAAAUUUAAGUGAGGUAACUUUAAGCAGUAGUUAAAGUUAUGAACAAUAGGACUCAAGAUUAUUAUAAGUUAUAUUUGAACCCCAUUUAAUAAGAUAGGCUCUGAAAAGACAUUGUUCAAGAGUCAUUUCCAAAAUGUUAUUUUAAAUAACCAUUCAGCGAAGAGGGGGAGGGCUUUAAUCACACUCAUCCAGCAUCUACUCUGUACUAAAUGCUGUUCUGCCUACACACAUAUAUUUUCUUCCUCAGACUUCUAAGGUGACUUUUGUUGCUCACAUUCAUUCACAGGUGAAUCUUAACAGAGACGGUGUCUCAUUGUAUCAGUGAGUUGCAGCUACAGGAUGCUCAAGAGCUGGUCUGGCUUCUCUGGACUCUGUGCUUUACCAGUUGAAGAACCCCAUGGAGGAUUAAUUAGCUCUUUCAGUUCUAGAACAAUGACUGAAGGAUUGGUGACAUUCAGGGACGUGGCCAUAGACUUCUCUCAAGAGGAGUGGGAGUGCCUGGACCCUGCUCAGAGGGACUUGUACGUGGAUGUGAUGUUGGAGAACUACAGCAACUUGGUCUCACUGGAUUUGGAGUCAACAUUUGAGACCAAAGAUAAAUUUUCAGAAAAGGACAUUUUUGAAAUAAUUUUUUCCCAAUGGGAGAUAAAGGAAAACAGUAAAACCCUUGGCCUUGAGGCAUCCAUUUUCAGAAAUGACUGGAAGUGCAAAAGUGCAUUUGAGCGACUGCAGGGACAUCAAGAAGGAUAUUUCAGUCAAAUGAUAAUCAGCUAUGAAAACAUGCCCAAUUAUGGUAAAAGUAAAUCUCUUACUCCCAAUCAAAGCAUUCAUCAUAUGGAGAAACCUUAUAUUUGCAAGGAACGAGGGAAGGCCUUUAGGCAUGGCUCAAAACUUGUACAACAUGAGAGAACUCAUGCUACUAAAAAACCCUUUGAAUGUAAAGAAUGUGGUAAAGCCUUUUUUAGUGCUUAUCAACUUACCGUGCAUCAGAGAUUUCAUACAGGUGAGAAACCUUAUGAAUGUAAGGAAUGUGGGAAGACAUUUACUUGGGGAUCAAGCCUUGUUAAACAUGAGAGACUUCAUACUGGUGAGAAGCCCUAUGAAUGUAAAGAAUGUGGGAAGGCCUUUAGUCGUGGCUAUCAACUUACUCAACAUCAGAAAAUUCAUAUUGGUGUGAAAUCUUAUGAAUGUAAGAAAUGUGGAAAGGCCUUUUUCUGGGGCUCGAGCCUUGUUAAACAUGAGAUAAUUCAUACUGGUGAAAAACCUUAUGAAUGUAAAGAAUGUGGAAAAGCCUUCAGUCGUGGCUAUCAACUUACUCAGCAUCAGAAAAUUCACACUGGUAAGAAACCUUAUGAAUGUAAAGUGUGUGGAAAGGCUUUUUGUUGGGGCUAUCAGCUUACUCGACAUCAGAUAUUUCAUACUGGUGAGAAACCCUACAAAUGUAAGGAAUGUGGGAAGUCCUUUAACUGUGGCUCAAGUCUUGUUCAACAUGAAAGAAUUCAUACUGGUGAGAAGCCCUAUGAAUGUAAAGAAUGUGGGAAGGCCUUUAGUCGUGGCUAUCACCUUACUCAACAUCAAAAAAUUCAUACUGGUGAGAAACCUUUCGAAUGUAGGGAAUGUGGGAAGGCCUUUAGUUGGGGUUCGAGCCUUGUUAAACAUGAGAGAAUCCAUACUGGUGAGAAAUCCUAUGAAUGUAAAGAAUGUGGGAAGGCCUUUUGUAGUGGUUAUCAACUUACUCGACAUCAAAUAUUUCAUACUGGUGAGAAACCCUAUGAAUGUAAGGAAUGUGGAAAGGCCUUUAAUUGUGGCUCAAGCCUUGUUCAACAUGAGAGAAUCCAUACUGGUGAAAAACCCUAUGAAUGUAAAGAAUGUGGGAAGGCCUUUAGUCGUGGUUAUCACCUUACUCAGCAUCAGAAAAUUCAUACUGGUGAGAAACCCUUUAAAUGUAAAGAAUGUGGGAAAGCUUUUAGUUGGGGUUCAAGCCUUGUUAAACAUGAGAGAGUCCAUACUGGUGAGAAAUCCUAUGAAUGUAAAGAAUGCGGGAAGGCCUUUGGUAGUGGAUAUCAACUUAGUGUUCACCAGAGAUUUCAUACUGGUGAGAAACUUUAUCAGUGUAAGGAAUGUGAAAAAGCCUUUACCCGUGGCUCAAGUCUUGUUCAACAUGAGAGAAUUCAUAGGAGUGACAAGCCAUAUGACUAUAAAGAGUGUGGGGAAGACUUUAUAUGGACAACUUACUUAAAUGAGAAAAUUCAUACUGGUGUAACCUUAUGAAUUUAAGAAGUGAAAUAAUUUUUUUAUAUGAACAACUUACUCAACAUGAGAAGUCUUAUCUUAAGAAACCCUAUGAAUUUAAAGAAUGUGCAAAAGCCUUUCCUGUUUACAAACAACUUUCUCAAUAUCGGCCAAUGCAUGCUAGUGACAAACCUUUUGAACAUAAGGACUAUGACAACUUCUGUAUGAUCUUAUUGAACUUCAGUUAAUAAUGUUGUGAAACUCUUAAAUGUAAGGAAUGGGGAAGAUCUUUAUUCUUGGCAUAAAGCUUGCUCAGCAUCAGAGAAUUCAUACUUGUAAGAAAUGCUUUAAAUUAAGGAAUAUGGGAAGGACCUAAACAAUUCAGUUCCCGCUGCACACUAGGGUAUUCUAUACUGCUGUGAAAUUCUAUGAUUGUAAGGAAUGUAGGAAGGCCUGUAGAUAUGAUUAGACAUCUUAGAGUAAAUCAAGAAGUCAUCCUAAAUGAGAAACCCUUUGCACUAGGAUUGUAGGAAGGCUUUUGGCCCAAACUACUCAAGGUAUUGUCCAUAGACUGAUGCCAGUCAACAAAAUGUUACUUAUCCAUCAUGAAAUAAAUACAGAAAUUGAGAGUAAAUAUUUGCAAACUUUUAUAGCAAUUUGAUAUUGCCACAACAUUUUAAAAAAAUUUUACAAAAGUGUGAAUCCAUGAAUGGAAAUUAUAAAAAAUAAAUUGGUGCUUCAGAAAUAAUUUGAGACAACAUUCACACUUUUUAAAACCCCAGAGAAAUCACAAUAUGAUGUAAUUAGCAUAAGAAAUCAUUUGUCAUCUCUCUGAUUAGAAUAGCGUAAGAUAAUUUAUACUAUACCAUAUUUAUAGUAUAUACUUGCCAUAUUUGUUUUCUUCCUAAUUAUGUGUUUGUAUUUAUAUUCAUGUACUAUUUGAUUUAAGAUGUAGAAACCAUGAUGAGUUGUCUCUGAACACAGCUUGCAUCUCCUAAGAAUAACGGUCUUAUUCUGAACUCUAAUACUAUGGUCAAACAUAAGAAAAUUAAUAAUUCUGUUAUAGUUUUUUAUAAUCUCUUCAAUUUCCCAGUGUUCCCAAGAACUUAUUAUAUUGCUGUUUAUUUUCUAACCAGCACCUUUUCUAGAUUCUUGCAUUGCCAUUUGGUUGUCAUCUCUAGAUUUUAGUCUUGAACAGACUUUUUUGAAGCUGUUUCAUAGAAUGCCACACAUUCUAGAUUUGUUUCUUUCCUCAUUGUGAAAUUUAAGUUGUGUUCCUGUCCUUCGUAUUUCUUGUAAGAUGAAGUUGAGAGCUGAAGGCUUAAAUAUUUUUGACCAGCACACUUCAUAGGUGGUGAUUUGUACUUCAUAUUGCAGCACAUCAGAAGCACAUAGUAUUCAUUUGCCCUACCAUCACUGAUGCUAAGUUUGAUCAGUUGAUUAAGAUGGUUACUGCUAGAACUCCCUAUAUAAAGAUCCAUUAUAUAACUAGUAAGAAUGGUGAACUUUGGUCACUACUUUAGGAAAUAUAUAAUUGUAUGUAUGUACAGGUUCUGAAUUAAAGAAAAUUGAAACAAUUAUAGACCCUUCAGAAAAGAAUGAUAAAACAAGAGAGUAUUAGAAAUUGUAGGAUGUGACUGAAGCUCUACUAAGUGGAAAAAUAAUACUCUUUAAUCCAUCUUGGAGGAAACAAGAUGGAAAGCCAGAGCUAUGCCUUGUUCACCACCUUUUCCUCAGUAUCUACAUGGUACCUGUCACAGUGAACCCAGGAAACUUGAAUAAUGACAAUUCCUAAGCUAAUAACACAGCAACAAUAUAACUAAAAUUAGAGGUUAAUGAUUUGGAAUUAAAAGAGGGGGACUUCAUCCAGUAUUUUUCUGUGAAAAGUUUGUUAACCUCAAUCAGACUUCAUUAAAUCUGAACGAGUGAAAAACAAAGAUGACAGCAUUAUAGAAUCAAUAGUAAAAAAGGAGAUGUAACUGAAGUUAUGGAGGAGAUUUUUAAAAUCUAAGAUAAUACAGUCUACAAUGUACCAGUAUGAAGAGUGGACCAACAAACAAAGGAAAAGGUUGAAAAUUUGGCCCUGAAAGUCCUUUUAGAAGCAGCGUUUGGAAAUUGUUAGCAGCUCCUCAAGUAAAAAUUUCAAGGCGAAAAUAAUCACUAAAAAUUUUACUAGCUGUUCUUACAUGGACGACAUAAUUUUGAUAACAAAACUGGAUGGAGAUAGCUUCUAAAAGGCAAAAGCUAGAUGAAUUAAACUUAGGUAAAUGAAAAAAUUCUAAUUAAAACUAUCAGCAAAACAGAAACCAGGUGUCAGUUAUAAGAAUUGUGCAAUAGAAAAUAAUUUGUCCUAUCUAGACCCAGACUUUUCUGGUUUAAAUAUAAAAAGUUAACUGACAAGAAAAAAAUUGAAUCAACACAAAUAUCUAAUCUAGAUACAUUUUCAUAGUUUUUCUUAGAUUUAUAUGGUUUUGGAGUAGGAAAUCUUAUAUAUUAUUUAAUCAAUUCAAAAAGUAUGUAUUUUCAUAUUUGGAAAUCAAACAUAUCUUAAAAUUGAUGGCUUCUCAUAAUCACUUUCAACUGGGUGGCUGUCAUGACUUAGUGCUCGCAUCAAAGCAUAUUAGUUAUGAUGAAAUAGUAUUUAUAUACUCAGACAGUUGGAAUUCAACCCUUUAAAAAUUAUUCCCUUCCCAAAAUAAGAAUGCCACUUCCAUCCAAACUUCUGUUUUGACAGCCAAAUUUCUGAGGUGUCACCUGGUCAUCUAUUACAAUCUGAACCUCACCACUAUGUCCAUUUUGUGCAGCUAGGGCUUCUAUGGUGUCGUCGUUCAGUCAUUCACUAUCCAGUGGUUGACAGCAUCCACACAAUUGCAAAUCUGAAAUAAUCCAAUGCAACACAAAGCAGGGUAUUUUGAGUGUUUUAAUAAAAUAAGUUAUCGCUAAUAGGUUAGUAUAUUAUUCCUGGGUGCCAUAUUUGCGUGUUAACUAGAGUCUGUGAAGAUGAUGCCUUAUCCCAGCAUUUCUGAAACUGUGUUCCAAGGACCACGAGUGCUUAAUAGUACUUGAAAAGCAAGGGAGAGUCUCUGGUUAAAGAAGCUUAUGAAGCAAAUCUACUAAAUCUUUCAUGGAACAACCAAAAACACAUUAUCAGCUCAUGAAAAGUCUAGAGAACACUUUAGGAAGGGGAAUUGUUUAUCCUUGUUUAAAUGCUGUAUCUCAAACUUUACUGUGGAAAUCCCCAUUCUUAUUACUUAUUGCCAUCUUAGGGAUGCAUCAGGACAAACUGCCAUAACCAAAAAAGUGGCUCUAAAUUUGAAAAUUUCAGCCACCAAGUCUGGUUAUUAGCUAUGCUGGAAUAGAAGGCAAUUAGCACCACACCCUGAAAACAGCUGCAUUCUUUUCCUAAUGAAUCUUCUUAGUUGUUCUUUUCCUAAUGAAUCUUAGUUGUGAGCAAAUGAUCUUUGUUGUAUCUAAGUAGGAGUAGCUCCCGGAUGUUACCAAAUGUCAUUUCAUCAUCCCUUUCUGUAAGCAUAUGGUAUUUAAUUUGUUAUUGUGAUCAUUUAUACUGAUACAUUCUUUUACUUUUCCCCUUUCCUGGAUAUACCCAGUUAAGCCAUGGUAUAUGAUUAUUAUAUGCACUGCUUGGUUUCAUUUGCACUACUUUAUUUAGAUUUUUGCAUCUCAUGAGUGAGAUGGUAUAACAGUGGUUUUUUUAAUCUGUUUUUUUUGUUUGUUUGUUUUGGUAUUGAAAUUAACCUGUCCUUUAAAUGUUGAAAAUCAUAUGGCUCUAUUGGGUUUUGUUUUGUUUUUAAUUGGAGGUCUUUCAUCAUUUUUUUCAUUCCAUCUGUUGCAAAAUCAUUUCUGUUUUGGACACAACAAAUUUCCUGAGCAUCUAGGACAAUUCUUUUAAAGAACCUUUUCAUAUUCAUGAAGUACCAACCAAGAUCUACAUAAAAGGAGUGUUCCAAUAUGGCUCCUCAUUAAAAUACCAUCAUAUGUUCUUGGGAAUACUGUGUUGGGAGGUCAGAACUCCUAUAUUAGGGCUGCUAUAACCAUUCUUGUACAUGUCUUUUGGAACAUACGUGUACACACAAGUGCUUUUUUUGAGUAAAUACCUAGGAAUGGAAUUGAUGGGUCAUGGUCAUGGAUCAUGCCUAUGUUCAACUUUGGUAAAUCUAAAUUCUGCUAAAUGGAUUUCCAAACAAAUGUACUGACUGACAUGCCCACCAGCAGUGUAUGAGUGUCAUGAUUCUGCCAUAUCCUUGACAAUUCUUGGUAUCAUCAGGUUGACACCCACCCACCCCCAACUCUGGUAGGUAUAUAGUGGUAUUGUGAUAAUUGUGGUUUACAUUUCCAUUUUCUUCUGAUUAUUGUUGGCUAUUUGGAAGUCCUUGCAAUCUGUCUGCACUCCUUGCUCCUGGCCCCGGAUGCAUUAUGUGUCUGGUUUCAUAAAGCAUCUGUAAAACUUGUAGGACAACACUUAAUACCUAACUCGUGAGUGUGUGCUGUGUGUGUUUUCAUCCCUUACCAUAUGGUGAGCUGGUUGAUGGCUGGGAUGGAAUCCACUUUACCUCUGCUUCUCCAGCUACCAGCAUGAACCAUGACCCUUAGUUACUUGAUUCAAUUAGGAUACCCUCAACAGAAAUUAUGAGAAUACCCAAAUGGCUGAAACAGUGAGGAAGUGUAUUGAGUCAUGUAUUCUGAGGGAGAGAGAACUCCAGAGAUUUUUUAUUCAACAGCAAAAUGAAUAUCCAGAGGUUCAGAUUCUCUUCUGUUUUCCACUCUGUGAGCUGGUACCAAGAUGGCUGAUGGAUUUCAGAGAUUAUAUACAAACAUGACAAUAUCCAGAGAAAAGAGUAACAGAUCAUAUCCCAUGGCACUCUCUCAAGAGCGAGCAAAUAUUUCCUAUUAGCCAUCAAUGUAUGUUUGCUCGUACCUUAAUUGCUAAAAUAGGUCAUGUGCAAUUUCUGAAACAUCACUUGUUACUUUAAUCACAGACUCUCAAAGCUUUUAUAUAAAAUAAUAAAUCUAGCAGACUCUAGGAUUUCAUUAACUUUUUACAAGUGUGUGGAGAGAGAAGAACCAAUGAACUUUGUUUUAAGCCCCCAUUAGAUAUUUUAUAAAACAAAUAACAAUUUAAAUUUAUAUAUUAAGACCACCAAACAUAAUUAUGGACAGUUAAGAGGUAAUGUUUAUUUUACAAGACAUGGCUAGGAGGUGGUGGUUGUUUUUUGUUGUUGUUUUUUAAUGAUGUAGCAUAUUAUGAUUUUCUGUAGCUUAGGGAUAGGGGAAAUAUUGUUAGUUUAACCUUGUUUAUUUUUUUCUCCCAAAGUCAGAGCGGCUUACUCUUAUUUACUGGAAUUCUCUUAGUUAUCCGCAAGAUUGAGAAGGCCAAAAUUUACAAUGUGGAAAUGAAAUAAAGGUAUAAUUGGAAUUUGGGGGAAUAUAUUUACUCAGUUUUUACUUAUGUAAACAGCAUAUGUUGCCUCAAUGUAGGCAUUUAAGAUUUAAAAUAUUCUUUUAAUAUCUCAUAAUUCAGCAUCUGCCAUAUACCAUUAUCACUAUAAAGUUUUGGUUCAAUUUACUUUCAAUAUACCUGAGUGUUCACUGUGGAGGAAAUGGUGUGCAUUGUCCUUAGCCACCAUUGUCCUCUGUUUGAUUUUUUGACAGUUAUUUUAUAAUUUUAUAUGAUAAUCAGCUGUUAGUUUUCACCCACACUGUUUGUAGGUUUUUGAAAGCAGUGACAGGUACAUAGUUAACUAAUGUAUAGAGCCUGUUUGGUGAAUUUUCAUUCUCAUUGUUUUCCACACAACCAUACAGAGAGAAGGUAUGGGGCAUUCCUUUUUCCUUUGGCCCAGCAGCUUUGUUGAGCCUAGUGUCAUUGUGUUCAUCUGGCAUUCCCAUCUCCUUCAUGGCAGAUUUCUGGAUGUCUUUUGAGUGCCUGAGGAGCAUGUUUCUUUACUAUUUUUGUUUCUUUUUUUCUGAGAAUGUAUUUUAAUUUUAGCAGAAUAUUUGACAAACUCUGCCUUGAUACCCUCUUGUCAAGAACAGGAAAUAUAUAUUGCAUGCUAACACAGUAAUUUAAGUAGAUCGAAUAAUAUUUUCCAAAGAUUUAAAGAUAGUUGAUUGAUGAAUGCCAACUGGUUAGGGAUCGGGUCAGGGUAUGGGUUCUAGUGGU